GGCCCAUCGCGGAGAAGGCGCGCGACCGACCGAGCCCAUAUAGAAGUGCCGCGCGAUACCGCCGCCAGUUUCUUCGGGGUCCUUCCGAAAUCCUCAUCGGCUUUGAACGUAUUAGAGGCAUUAUUGAGAAAGAGAAACGACAACGGGCACGAGCAGCUCGCGCGCAUUUUUACUUAGCAUUAUGUGGUACUUCAUAGUAGGAUGCUUUUUAGUCUCGGCGUGCACGGGCGAAAGCUUGUACGCGGAUAUUGCUGACAACCUGCGGGUAAAGAGGCAAAACCAGCACCAGCAGCAGCCACAGCAAGCUCCGAUCGAGAACUACAACUAUCGUCCCUACAACCAGGCUCCUGACCGUAUCAAGCAGCUUCUGCAACUCCAGGCGUAUCGCGAACCUCUGGUCCACAUACCGGCUCACGCUCCUCCGCAGCUCCAGGCUGCUCCUGCUGCGCCCCAGCAUCAGCAGCAGCAGCAGCACGUUCCACAAGUACGACCAACCCAGUAUAACCCUAAGGUACAGUACGGUCAAGCCCCGGAGCAGCCCACCUACAAGGGUAUUCAGCCAGCGGCGCAGGGCCCGCCUCAGUACAAGACUCAAUACAACCCGCAGUACCAGCAGCCCCAGCCGCAGCCGAACGCACUCUAUCGACCUGAGGCCGCUGGACCCCCCGCCGGUCUAGGCGCCUACCAGGGCCAGCCGCAACAGCAGCCACAGGGCCAGUAUCCCAAGAACCUGCCGCCACACAUUCAGAAGAUCAUCGACUCGCAGAGGGCGUAUCAAGGUUAAGAGCAAGCUGCCCCAAUGACCAAGCCCCACCAACUAAGAAAACAUGCAGUUACAAAAACGAUCGAUAUUCCUACAUUAUAUCUCUCUCUUCUCUCUUCGUCUUACAAAUAUAGCGAAAUAAAUUAUCAUCUCCCCCACGUCCAUCACCAUCAUCCUCGUCAUCUUCAUCAUUCUAUAGCGUCUUACACGAGUAACACGCGACACUGUGUAUACUAUACGAUAAUUAAACGCAAAGCCUAACGCGCCGAAUUUAGUAGAAAUAAAAGAAAACGUUCGUCAAACAAUAA